CACCCCUGUGGGUGUUAUUAUGAAAGGCAAAGAGGCUCACAUUAGCAAGUUUAAAUCGUGCUUUUGGAAAAAAAAAUGUUUUACUUUUAGAUCAACGCUCAGAGUUUUAAUGUCAGUUUAUGGCUUUUCCCCUUUCUAUGUUCACUAUUUAAAAUAACCAGAGUAUACAGUGUUUGUGCAAAAACACACCAGAAUAGCAAGAAAACAGUCAGAUUUGACAGGAAGAUUUAAAAAAAAAAAAAAAAUUUUUGAAACGUCGUAAAGUCUUUAAAUAAAUGUAAAGUUGCUAACUUGAAAUCUAAAGUCAAGUAUCAAGUGUCUGCAUGUGAGAAUAAACCCUCACAUCUCAAGUCCUUGUCUUGACUCCAAGUCCCUCUUCUGGUACAAGGUACAGAGUAACUCUUAAAUAUGGCAGUCAGGAUUCAUGAAUAGCAGUUUUAUUUUGGUCUCAUCUGAGUAUUCAACAUCGUUCUGGAGGACUAAAGGUUUAUUUGGAGAAAGGUUAGCAAACCUCAGGUUUGAUUUAAUAUUGUUUAUACAGAGCAGAGGCUUUGUCCUGGUAACCCCCCCAAACACAGUGCAGCUGUUCAUUUUCUAUUGUGCUGACAGGGACUUCAACAUUUCACUUUGUGAAUUGUUUAAGAUUCAACUCCCAGGGAUUUCAGCAUUUUUAUCUGGGGUUUGAUGAGAUUGUGAAGAGAACUUCAUGGAAUAUUUACUCAGAAACAUCAGCUUUGACAUCUGUUCCACUAAUUAAUUAACAAAAACAGAUCUUCAAAUAUUUAGUAAUAGUUUUAACGUCGUUUAUUUCUUUAUAUUGCAUAAACAUUCACCUGAGAGAACUAACUCUUUAUUGUUUUUUAUGUUUUUGCCCUGUUUUGGAAUUAUUUUAACAUGAAAUUGUCGAUUUUGCUAUUUGUAUUUGCUCUAUAUAAAAACCUGUUAUACGUACCUCCAUAAAUGUAUCAGUUUUGUGUAAAAUAUUUGUGUUUUUUCCUAUAAUUUUCCUGCUUGAUGGUUACAGAAAACUACGAUGUCUCUCCAGUGGACGGCUGUGGCUUUCUUCCUCUACGCUGAAAUAGUUGUCAACAUCAUCCUUUGUAUUCCCUUUAUAUCUGCAAACAGAUGGCGUUUUGUUUUCAGCUGGAGAAUAUGGAGCUGGCUUUCUCCAUAUUGGAACAAAGGUUUCUUUGCCAUGAUCAUGGUACUGGUUGUUCUUUUUAUUGAUGCUGUCCGGGAGGUGCAGAAAUAUUCCGGUCCAGAGUCUACGCAGGACGCCAGCGUGAACCCGAACUUGUACGACAACGUUCACAUGAAGCUGUUUAGGGCCCAGAGGAACCUUUACAUCAGUGGCUUUUCGCUCUUCCUGUGGCUUAUUAUGUGCAGGGUUGUGACCCUGCUAAACCAGACCGCCAUCACGCUAGAUAACAGUGCGGAGCUUCAGGCGCAGGUCGAUGCAGCUUUAAAGGAUGUCAAGCAGCACCAGGAAAAGGAGCAGAUGUUCAAAGAAGUGCUCCUGGAAGGAGAAAAAUCCAUGGCAGCAACAAAAGAGCAACUCAAGCUGGAGCUGGAAAAGCUGAGCAGCCGACUGAAAGCUGCCGAGGAAGAUAGACGGAAGUCAAAUGCUGAAGUUGAAGCGAUGAAGAGGCAGGCUAAAGGUUUGGCCCUGGAGUACGACAGACUCUUAAGAGAACAUCAUCAGCUUCAGAAUCAAAACCCUGAAGAUAAAAAGGAUCAGUAAAGAAAAAACUUCUGUCUGAAGACUGAAUAAAAACUUUCAUUUGUGUUACAAUAGUUCAUAUAAGCAGCAGCUCUCAGCUUUGUUAAAGACCCACUCAGAUCAUCUUUUUUAUGUGUUGUAAAAUUGUUCCUAGAUGUCUAUUAACUAUGAUUAUGCCAGUUUUAGCCAAAAUCUAAAAAACUGGGUCAUUUUCUAGGACAUAGUUUGUGCAGAGCGGCAUUGGUGGAUUAGAAAUCCAUUUCCAUCCUGAGAAAAAUACUACAAAAACAUGUUAAAAACAUGAUUUUCAUUAGAGUGGGCCUUUAAGUUGGGGUGGGAGCAAAAUGUUAUACAAUUUAUGAUGGCAAAAACUGCAGACAUAGAGAUCACACUGACAAUAAAGACAGUUUACACCUGAGAAUGUUUACCAAUUUCAAUAUCUACAAAUUAUUCCAUGUAUAACCAGUUUGUCGUUAUUAUUUAUUUGUAGUAAACAUUUGGGGCUUUUAAAUGAUGAAAAUCUAGUGAAAGAAAAACAAAUAUGAAAAAUAUUCAGUCUGCUAAAUGAAACCCAUUUGUUUAAAUGUCACAAAUUACAUCAAUUUUUCUCCUUGAUGAGGCAAAACAGGAGCUCUGAAAAAGUACAAAAUGUCUUUAUAAAUGUUCAAUAUAAUUCAUCUGGUUCUAUGCUGAUCUAUAUUGAAUUAUUAAUAAACGAUUGUCACAGAAAUAUUAUGUUUAGUUUUUGGGAAUCAUUUAAUAAAAAUAAAUGUUCAUUAAUGUGGUUUGACAUCUCUGUUUUGAAUCAUUGAAGCAACAAAACAUUAAUCAUCAGCCAGAAUUUUUCACCCUUGAAUUCCUAUAAAAAUACUGUUUUAAGGGUGAUAGCCAGGAAGUUAUAACUUUCCUUCUAAGCACAAAGGCCUCCAAACUGUUUUCUGUCAUUGUUUGGCUUUGAUCUACUCUAAAUGUCAACAUUAUGCUGUCUGUGUUACAACAGGGUCAGAAAAAUAAAUCCAUAAGCACAAAAACUAUAAUCAGAAAAGAUUGUUAAUCCAUUAAU